UGUAAGGUUAGGGUUUUGUUUACCUUUUUUGUAUAAAUUAUUAUUUAUAUCCUAUAUCAAUGUUUUUUAAUUUUACUCAAUCUCUCUAAGUUUAUUAGUUGCUUUCAGUUAAUUUUUAAGUACCUACAUAGUUUCGCAUCUACGUAAAACAAAAAUGACCUCCACAAAAAUCGAAUUUUUAGUCCAAAUGACUUGCGAAUCCUGUGUGAAUGCAGUAAAAAACAGCCUCAAUGGUGUACCGGAGGUAAAAAGUGUAGAAGUAGACCUCUCGAAAGGUUCAGUGGUUGUUGAGAGCACAUUACCCACCCUAGAGAUUCAGAAAAGGCUUGAAACUACCGGCAAACCAGUUGCUAUUAAAGGCUAUGAAGGUAGUGUAGCAGCAGUUUCCAUACUUGAGGCAGGAAAUGAAAAAGUCAAAGGGGUUGUGAGGUUUGUCCAAGCAACCCCAACAACUUGCAUCAUUGAUGGAACUAUUGAUGGCCUUAAUCCAGGAAAUCAUUCCAUAGAGGUGCAUGAAUGUGGAAAUCUAUCAGAAGGUUGUAAUAGUGUGGGCAAAAUAUACUGCCCUGAAGGAUGGAAUAAUACUGAGAAAAAGUAUGGAAAAUUAGGGGAAGUAGUAGCAGAGAGAAAUGGAAGAGCCGAAUUUAGAAUGGAAAAUAAUGUGCUGAAACUGUCUGAUGUUAUUGGAAGGUCAUUUGUUGUAUCAUCACAGCUAGAUGGAUGCUAUACCCCAGUUUCCUGUGGGAUCAUUGCCAGAUCAGCUGGACUAUUCCAGAACCCAAAAACCAUUUGUGCUUGCGAUGGAACAACUAUUUGGGACGAGGUGUCAAAACCUAAUUCAAAGUCUAGUUUGUAAGUUUUAAAAUAGGGUGAAGGGGUUGUGGAAAAGGGUAUGUAAAAAUGUGUAUUUUAUAUAAUAAACAAUAAUAAAAGUUGUAUAAUAAUAAAAA